CCCCCACCCCCUCCCCCCUCCCCCGCCCCGAGCCAUGUUCCCGACCGGAGCGGACUGUGUGAAGUGAGCUCCCUCAGUAUUUAACCGGCGUGGCUUCAGCACUCAGGGGCGGCUCGGGAUUCCUCAUCCAACUCCAGAGAGGUGCUGGAAGAAUUACUUUUAAUCACCUUCACCAAGUCGUCUUUUAAAAGAGAAAAGAUUUAAACUAUUGGGAGGGGAGAACUACCUUCGGCUGGAAAAUUGACACGUUUGAAUUGCACGAUUUUCUGCUUGAGUUCUUUUUAAAUUAAUUUUAGUUUUUUUGUUAAUUUAGUUGGGGUUCACUCUCCCUGCAUCAGGGAGCAGUAUUUUUUAUUAUUAUUUGGGUUGGGGUGCUGGAAUCCUAUCCUGAGACAGCGGGAGGAACCUGAGCAGAUUUUGCUUUAAGUGUUUUGUUUUGAGAGAAGGGGGAAUAGAGAGAGAGAGAGUUCAGCAGAGAAUGGUGUCCGCUCCGAGUCUGUGGCGCCCGCUGCUCUUCGGUUUCACCCUGUGUCAGCUGGGCGGCCCCGCCGACACCAGGAAAAGCUGGAAGGGUGCCCGACAGAACCCCCACUACCGCCGGCCCCAGGGGCUCUCCGGCCGGGACAGGAGUCAGCAGCAACAGGCGGCGGCGCCGGUGGCUGAGACCGAAGAGAGCUUCACUCUGGACUUCACUGCGGUUGAAGGAAACAUUGACAACUUCAUGACGCAGAUCAAGAGCUUGGCUCAGUCCCUCUACCCCUGCUCCGUCCAGAAACUCAACGAUGACAUGCGGCUCCACUUUCUGACCAACUCCUCGGUGACCUGCAACGACGGCACUCCGGCUGGGUAUUACAUGAAAGAGUCGAAAGGCAGUAGGCGCUGGUUAAUCUUUUUAGAAGGGGGCUGGUACUGUUUCAGCAAAGAGAACUGUGACACGCGAUAUGACACCAUGCGCCGGUUAAUGAGCUCCACCAACUGGCCUCGAAGUAAAACAGGAACUGGAAUCCUGUCGCCCCAGCCAGAAGAAAAUCCUUACUGGUGGAACGCUAAUAUGGUUUUUAUUCCUUAUUGCUCAAGUGACGUCUGGAGUGGAGCAUCCCCGAAAUCUGAGAAAAGUGCCUAUGCUUUCAUGGGAGCGCUGAUAAUACAAGAAGUUAUCAAAGAAUUGUUGACUAAAGGUCUGGAAAAUGCAAAGAUUCUCCUGCUAGCUGGAACCAGUGCUGGCGGGACAGGGGUGCUCCUGAACGUAGACAGAGUGGCCGAACAGCUUGAAGAGUUGGGAGUCCAUGGAGUGCAGGUUCGCGGUCUGGCUGAUUCAGGCUGGUUCCUGGACAACAAACAGUACCAGAGGACUGACUGCAUCGACACAAUAUCAUGUGCCCCCACAGAAGCGAUCAAGAAAGGAAUAAGAUACUGGAAUGGAGUUGUACCUGAACUUUGCAAGCAGCAGUUCAGAGGAGGAGAAGAGUGGAACUGCUUCUUUGGAUACAAGAUAUAUCCAACAUUAAGAAGCCCGUUGUUUGUGGUCCAGUGGCUCUUUGAUGAAGCACAACUUACCGUGGAUAAUGUGCAUCUCACAGGGCAACCAGUUCAAGAGGGACAGUGGAACUACAUUCAGAACCUGGGAAGAGAGUUGAAAAAUACUCUUAAGGACGUACCGGCUGUUUUUGCACCUGCAUGCUUGUCUCAUGAAGUGAUCACAAAAAGUUACUGGUUGAAUCUCCAAGUGAAAGGGAUCUCUUUACCACGAGCACUGCACUGUUGGGAUCGCAGCCUCCAAGAUGGUAACAGAAAUGGCAAGAAUUCAAUGAAGGGCUGCCCCAUCCAUCUGACUGAUGGCUGCCACUGGCCUCACUGUAACCCUACCUGCCCCACCAUCAGAGACCAGUACACAGGGCAGGAGAUGACUGUUAUACAAUUCCUAAUGCACAUGGGUUUUGAUAUACAGAAGAUGGCCCAGCAGCAAGGAAUAGAGGUUAGCAAACUACUCGGGAUGCUGAGCAGCGGGAGCUAAAAUACCUGCUCGUUGGGACUGAUGAGACGUUGAAUGCGUUUUUACAAAAGACAAACUGUCCACAUGCAGCGGAGGAGCAGGCAGGCCUUUCUUACCGGACCUCAACAAUCUCUCAAAUCAAAACCUGCAAGGACACAGAUAAAAUACAAAGUGGUGGGAAGCACUGGAUUGAUCAAUGAAACAUAAAAGGAGGAAGGACCCUAGGUCUUUCUAUGCAACUGACAGUCUUCACAGAUUGGAUCACAGAACAAGACAAAACACGGUGAAAUGGAUUCUCUUCCCUUUCAGUUAACAGUGUAACACCGGACAGUGGGAUUCAUGCAGGAUAUGCUGCAGUCAAAACUGAUGCAAACUAUAAUGCUGUGUAUUUUUUAACAAACUAAAACCUGUGCUAAUUUGGUAAUUUUACAUAUUUAUUUUUAUUAUGUAAAUCAUAUUUAUAAGUGUAAUGCAGGCAGAGAGCUAAAUAUGUUUCUUUAUAAAUUGUAAAUACUGUCUCCUAGUCGCAUGUUUUUGU